GCCAGUUCUCUACCUGCUUUCGACAUUCUUCUUUUGUUUGGAAGCCAUGGAUUUCCUCAAGUCCGCAGUGGCUUCCGCCAUUUCAAAAGGGCCCGCCUUUGGCUACAGUUUCGGCGAUCGUGUCGACAUCGACGACUCCAUCUGGACAUUGUACAACGGCACAAAGCGAGAAGACGGCUCGAAAUGUAGCAUAUUCUCCUUCGACGUAACCGCGAACAAGUCCCGAACGCCCCUCGCUCGGAAUGCGCUCCGCAAGCUGCGCACCUUACGACAUCCUGGCGUUGUGAAGGUCUUAGACACGGUAGAAACGGACUCAUACAUUUACAUCGCGACCGAGAGACUAAACCCGCUGAGCUGGCACGUAAAGAGGAAGAGUCUCUCAGAGGAGACAAUAAAAUGGGGCUUGCACAACGUUGCGAAGACGCUCAAGUUCAUCAAUGCGGAUGCCACCUCAGUACAUGGCUGUAUACGACCCGCAUCCAUAUUCUUCAGCGAGAGCGGAGAAUGGAAGCUCGGCGGCUUCGAGGCCCUUAGCUCCAUGAAGGAGGAUGAUUCCAUAUUACCGACAUACGGUGGCCUUAUCCCGGAUGCGACGAGAUAUAUGCCGCCCGAAAUAUCAAAAGGCGGCUGGGAAGUCAUAAAACAGAAUCCCACCCAUGCCGUGGACGCAUACAAUUUCGGGACUCUGAUGUUCGAAGUCUUCAAUGGCAGCUACCACGGAAGCGACCAGCUAGGGCAGAUGAAGAGCAUCCCGCCCAGCAUGCACCAAGCAUACAAGCGCCUUCUCAACCCGAAUCCUAAAGCUCGAAUGAGCGUGAGCCAGUUCCUCGAUCAGGGAAAGCGAAUAGGAGGCUUCUUCCAGACGCCCCUAAUUCAAGUAACGGAAGAUAUCGAAAACCUUGGACUCAAAGCUGAGGAUGAGAGGAACGAAGUGCUUGGGAAACUAGACGAAGUAGCAGAUGACUUCCCUGCGGACUUCUUUAAGAUGAAGGUUUUGCCCGAACUACUCAAGUCUGUCGAAUUUGGAGGCGGUGGCGCCAAGGUCUUCGGUACUGUUAUGCAGAUAGGAGCCAAACUAUCUGAAGAGGAGUACGAGACACAAAUCACGCCUGUCGUUGUGCGGUUGUUCGCCAAUCCGGAUCGAGCGAUUCGAGUAUGCCUCCUGAAUAAUUUGCCUCUAAUGAUAGAUCAUCUACCGCAGAAGAUCGUCAAUGACAAGAUCUUUCCGCAAAUGGUCACCGGCUUCACGGACAUUGCGCCCGUCGUGAGAGAAGAGACAGUAAAAGCUGUUCUAACAAUAGUCCCAAAGCUCUCGGACCGAACCGUGAAUGGCGAGCUGCUACGACAUCUCGCAAAGACCGCUAACGACGAGCAACCCGGCAUUCGGACAAACACCACCAUAUGUUUAGGGAAGAUUGCACGAAAUUUAGGGGCAAAUAAUCGAGCAAAGGUUCUUUCGGCUGCUUUUGCACGGUCACUACGAGAUCCCUUCGUUCAUGCGCGUAACGCCGCCCUGUUGGCUCUGGCGGCAACAAGCGACCUCUUCAGCGAGGAUGACUGUGCCGCUAAGCUCCUCCCAGUCAUGUGUCCUUCGCUUGUCGACAAGGAGAAACUCAUUCGCGACCAAGCCCUGAAAACCGUCGAUAUCUAUAUGUCCAGGAUCCGCAAAUACACCUCCACUAUGCCAGACACCGCUCUCCCCUCCCCUGCCCUCUCCUCCGGCGCUGCCGGGCCCCGUAUGGGUACUCCCGCCAACGAUACCUCUUGGACAGGCUGGGCCAUCUCCUCCUUCACUAACAAGCUCGCCUCUGCGAGUGGCCAAAUACAAGCUGGAGCUAACGGCUCCACUCAACAACGACCAUCCUCGGUUCCGCCACCCGCUACAACCAAAGCUGAUAAGCCUUCAACCGGUACUUCGACACCCAAACACGGUAUGACGCUGACUAAGUCUGCUGCCACAAUUCCAACAAUCGCGUCUCCUGAUCCUGCAGCAGCCUUCAACGACGAGGCAGAAGACUUCUCCGGAGACUGGGGUGGCUUCGAAGAUGACGGCUUCGGCACAGGGACUAAGCCCAAAGAGGAGGAAGAAGACCCAUGGGGCACUCCUACCAUUGCGCCCUCCACCACUACAACCUCCUUCGAUGACAAAGGCGAACCUGACUUCGCUGGCUGGCUGGCCGCGCAAUCGCAGACUAAGAAAGCGACCAAGAAUCCGCUGCCUAAAGGACUCGCAAAGUCUGGCGGUGCAGCAAAGACGACGAGACCUGUUGUGGGCGGACGGACAGGGAGCGCACCGAGUAUGACGAGGAAGGUAGUUGUGCCGCCGAAGGAGAUUAAGAAGGAAGAGGUGAAGAGUAAGGAGGAUGAAGAGGAGGGUUGGGGCGAUGCGUGGUAAAUAGUGUGGUAGGGUACGAGUCAAUAUCACAAGUAGGAGUGUUUUGGUAUAUACCCUUUGUAGCUCUGUCAUCUGUGUAUAGGAGUAGCAUUGCAAAGGUGUUGGAGGCUAGACGGGAACUUUACACGAUACCGCAAGAACUCAAAGCUUGGUAUCAUUGUCAUAUUAUUCAUCUAGAGCUCGAAGCCCCAUCAGUACUUGGAAAUAUUGAGUAUACACUUCAUC